AUGUCUACUCUUCUAAACCUUGCUCAUGGUAUAGAAUCUGUUCGAAAUCUGCCAUCUCCAAAAUAUUACCGAUUUUUAAGAAAAUGGGAUGUCGAAGACAAGCUAAAAGAAUGUUGGAACAACUUGAUUGAUAUGACAGGAUUUUCAAAAAGUGAUGAGGAAAAUGCAAAGGAAUUCAUCAAAUGUGUCGAUUGGAACAUGCUGAAUUUCAUAGACCCUCUAAUCCUUCAACUGAUAAGCGAAGUGACUAAUGCUCCAGUAACAAAUGCUCCAGUGACAGAUGCUCCAGUGACAGAUGCUCCAGUGACAGAUGCUCCAGUGACAGAUGCUCCAGUCACAGACGCCCCUACUAAUCCAUGUACAAUGUGUAUGGUAACACCACCAACUAGUAACCCCGCAGGAACCGACUUCACAUCAGUAGAGCAAGGAACUGCGGGAAAAUGCAAGGAAACAUUAGUUACAUGUAAAAGAACAGAUGAUCUAACUUGUAACAAAGUUUCCAUUCAGACAUCAACGGGCGUGUUGAUUGACGCAGCCGAUACUAAGGAAGCUUCGGCUCUUUUGCUAUGUCAAAAUGAUGGGACAUACAGUUUUGGAACAAUAACAAAUAUCGGACAGCUCUCUUGUGUUUAUGAGGAAUGUGCAUCAUGCACAUCUUGCGAUAUUAGUAAAUUGACACUUCCCAUGCCGGUCGCCGGUGCAAAUUUCCUUAAUUUGGAUUCCACAACCGCAGAUGGAUGCAAACAGACUUCUGUAACUUGCGAGAGGACUGAUAGCCAAAGAUGUGGAACAGUGGCAGUUGUAGGUUCCAAUGGUCCCAUAAUGGGUAAUCUUGCUUCCACAGUGGACGGAAAUACGGUUACAGUAAGUUUAACGUGUCAAGCCGAUGGAACAUACUCAUCGGGAUCAUUAAAUAAUAUCAAUCAACUGGAUUGUUUGUAUGAGACGUGUGCGGUUCCAAAUCUAUGUGCCGAAUGUGAUAUCAAUGCAAUAUCGCUAGCAAAUCUUCCCACGGGUGCUAUUUUCAAUCCGACUGAUAUCCCAUCUGGUAAUUGCAAAGUGACCGAUGCCAGUUGUGCACGGAAUGAUGGAAAAUUAUGCGCCCAAAUAAUCACGACGGUCGAUACUUUAAUUGGUCAAUGGCGUUUUUAUGGUUACAGCUCGGAUGCUGGUCACGCUUAUUUAUUCUGUGGGGAAAAUGGUCUCUACGACAUAGGAGCUCCUUCUGCAAUAGUGACGAGCAUUACAUGUGAAUAUAUCAACUGCAUCUGA